AUAUGUCAGAUGAUUGUCAAAAAGUUUUAUGAUUAACAGGGAAUUUUCCAAAAGUUUGAAAUGUAAAACUAGAGAUAAAUAAACUUAGGUUUAGUUUCAAUUUUUUUUUUGAUAAAAUGCAGGUUGAUUUCUCUUCGAUAGAUCCAAAUGAGGACUUGACGCAGAUUUUGCCCAUUCAACAGAAACGUACUAUAGCGUUUAUUAAUCAUUUCAUAAUGAACACAGUGUCACAUUUAAAUAAUUUUGCCCAAUCUUGUGAGUCCCGGUUUAUGGAAUUUGAUUAUAAAAUUCAGAAAAUAGAAGCCUCUCUAUCUAUAUUGGAAUCUCAAUUGUCAUCAAUUGAAGGAUUGGAUAGUGCUGAUAAACCCAAAGAAAAUGUAGAUGAUUCUGUGAAUGAUACAACAAAAAAUGAUGAAUUAAAUUUGCCUGUAAUAAAAGAUAAGACUGAAGAAGAAGAAAAAAUCAACCAAGUGGAAUUGCCUUUGGAAAUUACCUCAGGAAUAAAAGCUAAAGAUGAUCCCAGGUUUAGAAAAUUUUUUAAAAUGAUUAUAUUUGGAGUGCCUGAACCAGCUGUUAAACUAAAGAUGCAAAAUGAAGGAAUUGAUCCUACAAUAUUAGGAAAACCUGAGGAAAUAAUACCCGGCUUAACUGAAGAUUUGUUAAAAGAUUCUGAAGAAAAAUUUGGCUAAACCAGUUUUUUGUAAAACUGUUAUACAUAAUUCAAUAUAAUGAAUAAAUAUAUAAAUAAAGGACUAAAUAA